CCACGUAUUUGCUAAUUGGAAAUCUAUCCGGGGUUUAUUUACUUAGCGUCCAACAUUCAGCCAAUCACUUGGGCGUACGUCACAUAAUUCUUUUAAUAUUAAUGAGCGACGCCUUCGCCGUAGUACUAUUGACAAAUUCUCCAGCCGGUCAGCGCCGUGGGAGUGAGCGCAGCCUGUUUCAGUCAGUUCAGUUGUUGUGGCCGAAGAUGGCGGCGCGUGGACGUGUUCAGCUCCUUCUGCUCCUCAUGUCGCUCUCUCUCCUCUCCGUACACACACUGAAACCUCCUCCAGGCUUCGGGAACGCGCAUCCUCCUGCCGUCGCCAUGCAUCAGCAGCUGAGAGCGGCGGUGCCGAAUCCCGCCGCCGCGUCCUCCGGGUCUCAGUCCAGAAGAUCCAGCGGGUGGAAGCUGGCAGAUGAACAGGCCUGCCGGGACGACGUGACCCGGCUCUGUCCCAAACACACCUGGACCAAUAACCUGUCUGUGUUGGAAUGCCUGCAGGACCGGAAGGAGGAGACGGAAAUCUCUGUGGAUUGCAACCAUCUCUUGUGGAACUAUAAGCUGAAUCUCACUACAGAUCCAAAGUUCGAGUCGGUGGCUCUUGAAGUGUGUACGAGCACUAUGUUAGAGCUGAAGGAGUGUGCGGAUGAGGAAAGAGGAAAGGGCUAUCUGAUGUCCUGCCUGGUCGAUCACCGUGGCAACAUCACUGAACGCCAGUGCCAUCAAUACAUCACCAAGAUGACCAGCAUAAUCUUCAGCGACUAUCGGCUUAUUUGCGGAUUUAUGGACAAAUGCAGAGAAGACAUCAACACGCUGCAGUGCGGUAGCAUCGCUGUUGGAGAAAAAGACCUGCACUCUCAGGGCGAGGUGAUUGGUUGUCUGGAGAGAGCUCUCGUCAGGGAGGCGGAGCAGCAGGAACAGGCUCAUCCAAUCACGAACGAAUGUAAGAAGGCCAUCAUGCGAGUGGCCGAACUGUCGGCCGAUGACUUCCACCUUGACCGUUACCUUUACUUCUCGUGCCGAGAUGACCGGGAACGCUUCUGUGAAAACACUCAAGUGGGAGAGGGCAGAGUCUACAAAUGUCUGUUCAAUCAUAAAUUUGAAGAGGCGAUGUCUGAAAAGUGCAGAAACGCCCUGACCACUCGACAGAAGCUCAUUGCUCAGGAUUAUAAGGUCAGUUACUCCCUCGCCAAAGCCUGUAAGGCUGACCUGCGCAAAUACCGCUGUAACCCGGACAGCAGCAUGCCCCGGGCGAGAGAAGCCAGGCUAUCUUACCUUCUCCUGUGUCUAGAAUCUGCAGUUCACAGAGGUCGUACGGUGACUGGAGACUGUCAGGGUGAGAUGUUGGACUACAGACGCAUGCUGAUGGAGGAUUUUUCUCUGAGCCCUGAGAUUGUGCUCCACUGUAGGGGAGAGAUUGAAGCCCAUUGCUCCGGACUGCACCGUAAGGGUCGGACCCUUCACUGCCUCAUGAGAGUGGCCCGCGGGGAUAAGGGCACGGUGGAUAAUCUCUGCCAGACAGCGCUCCAGACUCUGAUCCAGUCGGCAGACCCCGGUGCUGAUUAUCGUAUUGAUCGAGCUUUAAACGAAGCCUGUGAAUCUGUGAUCCAGACAGCCUGUAAACACAUCCGCAGCGGAGACCCGAUGAUUCUGUCUUGCCUGAUGGAGCAUCUCUACACAGAGAAGAUGGUGCAGGACUGUGAGCAUCGACUUCUGGAGCUGCAGUACUUCAUAUCCAGAGAUUGGAAACUUGAUCCCAUCUUAUAUCGUAAAUGUCAGAGCGACGCAUCCAGACUGUGUUACACGCCGGGCUGGAAUGAAAGCAGCGAGCUGAUGCCUCCUGGAGCCGUUUUCUCCUGUCUGUACCGUCACGCUUACCGCACAGAAGAGCAGGGCAGGAGGCUGACGAGAGACUGUAAGGUGGAGGUGCAGAGAGUUCUUCAUCAGAGAGCUUUAGAUGUCAAGCUGGAUCCUGAUCUCCAGAAACGCUGUAUGAUUGACUUGGGCAAAUGGUGCAGUGAGAAGACCGACACUGGACAGGAGCUGGAGUGUCUACAGGAUCAUCUAGAAGACCUGGUGUCCAAGUGUAGAGAGAUAGUGGGCAACCUGACAGAACUGGAGUCAGAGGACAUUCAGAUUGAAGCUCUUCUGAUCCGAGCGUGUGAACCGGUCAUUCAGAGCCACUGCCAUGAUGUAGCUGAUAAUCAGAUAGAUACAGGGAAUCUUCUGGAAUGCUUGGUGCAAAACAAACAUCAGAGAGAAAUGAAUGAUAAGUGUGCUGUGGGUGUCACUCAUUUCCAGCUGGUUCAGAUGAAAGACUUCCGCUUCUCCUACAAGUUUAAAAUGGCCUGUAAAGAGGACGUGGUAAAACUGUGUCCCAACAUUAAGAAAAAGGCAGACGUGGUCAUCUGUCUCAGUACCACAGUGAGAAACGACACGUUGCAGGACGUAAAAGAUCAACGUGUUUCUCUGAAAUGUCGUAAACAGCUGAGGGUGGAAGAGCUGGAGAUGUCCGAGGACGUUCGACUGGAGCCUGAACUGCAUGAAGUCUGUAAGAAGGAUAUCAACAAAUUUUGUUCCUCUGUUGCCUAUGGAAAUGCUCAGGUCAUUGAGUGCCUCAAGGAGAACAAGAAGCAGCUUUCUCAGAUUUGUCAUCAGAAGAUCUUUAAGCUUCAAGAAACAGAAAUGAUGGACCCAGAACUGGACUAUCAGCUUAUGCGAGUGUGCAAGCAGAUGAUUAAGCGUUUUUGCACAGAGUCUGAUGCCAAGAACAUGCUGCAGUGUCUGAAACAGAAUAAGAACAGUGAACUGAUGGAUCCAAAGUGUAAACAGAUGAUUACUAAGAGGCAGAUCACUCAAAACACAGACUAUAGAUUGAACCCUGUGUUAAGGAAGGCUUGCAAGGCAGACAUCCCCAAGUUCUGUCAGAACAUUCUCAACAAAGCCAGUGAUGCUAACGAACUAGAAGGUCAAGUCAUAUCCUGCCUGAAACUCAAGUAUGCAGACCAGCGAUUGUCUUCAGACUGUGAAGACCAGAUCAGAGUUAUACUUCAGGAGUCUGCUCUCGACUAUCGGCUUGAUCCACAGAUGCAGGCUCACUGUGGUAACGAGAUCACGCGGCUGUGUGCAGAAGAAGCCACGGCUCAGGAACAGACGGGUCAGGUGGAGGAAUGUUUGAAGAACAACCUGCUGAAGAUUAAACAGGAGGAGUGCAAGACGGAGGUGUUAAACAUGCUUAAAGAAAGUAAAGCAGAUAUAUUUGUGGAUCCUGUGCUGCACACUGCCUGUGCGCUGGAUUUAAAACAUCACUGCGCAGCCAUCACACCUGGAAGAGGCAGACAAAUGUCCUGUUUAAUGGAAGCUCUGCAGGACAAGCAGGUGCGUUUACAGCCCGACUGUAAGAAAAGAUUACAGGAUCGCAUAGACAUGUGGAGCUACGCGGCUAAGGUGGCACCUGCUGAAGGUUUCUCAGAUCUGGCUGUGCAAGUGAUGACAUCACCCUCAAAGAAUUACAUCCUGUUCAUAAUCACGCUGUCUGUGUCCGUCCUCUUCCUCGUGGGUCUUCUGUGUGGCCGUAUCACCAAGCGUGUGACCAGAGAGCUGAAGGACAGGUAGAGUGAGGAGGAUUCUCAUCCCGUCCUGCCUGUUUCACAUCUCAUUUAAACUUGUUAAGACUUUAGGGAGCUGUCGGUGGACGUUCCGUUGCCAUGUUUAAUCCAGACGGUGAACUUCUGUACACACCACAGACAAGAUGGAGAUGGUUUUUGGACAUUAUGCCUUGAUUUAUGUGUUGUCCUUUUACUGAAAGUGGCAGCCUUACUACUUGACUGUACUCAUAUGGUCAUGUGUCAAUGCAGUAUUUUUAGUAUGUUUUUCUUCAUUCUUUGAGAAUGUGCGAUUUGUAGAUACAGUAAGUGGCUUAAUUUAAAGUUCAGAAACCAUCUGUUUGAUGGAGCGUCACUUUAAUUUUUCUUAUAAUCAGGGUUGUGUUGAGUUAUGGGGGAUUGUGGGUAGUUGUGUUAAAAUAUUGGGCAGAAUGAUUUUUUUCUGAAAUUAUGAAAAGCUCAGCAGAUGAUUGUUUUAAAUGUCUCCAAUGGUCCUGACAUGUAGAUUGUGAUCUUAGUUCAAGGCAAAGAUGUUACUGGGUUGAAUCUUAUGAAAACAUGUCCAGGUCAAACUCACUGUAAUUGAAUAAAAUCAGUGUAAAUUAAAGGCAGUACAAUACAUUUAUAGUUUAGUUUUUCACACUACAAUAAUGGGAAUGGGGUGUUUUUUCCACUUCAUUACGGCAGGACAAUAACCACAAUAGACAUUGAGGGGGACAUGCCCCCCCAAGCCCUGAAUGUUUUGGUCCCCCCAAUGUUCAAGAUGUGGUUACAGUCUUGUAUUACAGUAUUCAAAUUGUGAAGGAAAUGGGCUGUUAUUAUGAAAAUAAUUUCGUAAUGAGUAAUAACAUCAAUGGCCUUAAACAGAUGUGCUUUAAUUUAUGAAAUAUUUAUUUUUAUUUCUUUUAUUUUUAAAUAUGACCCAGACAUGUUCUUUGUAAGAUUCACUUUUUAAAAUGUUUGGUACAGCCUGUUUACACUUUUUUUUGAUGCAUUAGACAUGAAACGCUAAAAUGACUUUAGGUAUGAGACGAACAUUUUCAGAUGGUUUUAUUGCCCAUGGCCAAGCUUCCUUUGGACCAACUGUGUAGGAGAUUAAAAUCUUACUUUGAAUUAAAGGGAUAGUUCACUUAAAGGCGGAGUCCAUGAUGUUUGAAAGCCAAUGUUGAUAUUUGAAAUGACCUAAACAAACACGCCCCUACCACAAUAGAAUCUGGACCUUCUGUUGAUAGACCCGCCCCACACAUACGCAACCCGGCAUUUGAUUUGAUUUGAUUGGCUAUAAGUGUGUUUUGGUAGUCGGCCCGUCUCCUUUUCCAAACCGUUUUUCAAACAUCGUGGACUCCGCCUUUAAAAAUGAAAAUUCUCUCAUCAUUUACUCAUCCUCAUGUUGUUCUAAAACUGUAUGACGAACACAAAAGAAGAUAUAUAAACACACAGCAGAUAGUGACAAUUGACUUCCAUAGGAAUAAAUAAUAUGAUGGAAUUUAAUGGGUACCGUCAAUUGUGUGCUUUCCAUCAUUUAUCAAAAUAUUUUCUUCAUCAUUUAUCACAAUACUUCCAAAAUAUUUUUUCAUUUUAAAGUGAACUAUCCCUUUAAGAGGAUGAUUGCACUUUUUGACUUUUGGUUUGAUCUUUGGCUUAAGCCUUAAUUAUUGUUUACAACCAGAACUGUGCUGAGCUUGCUUUCAUAUUUGUAUGUGUAGACAAGACAUGCAUAUAUUUAAGAACUUAUUUAAUGUUCACAUUUUUGCCUUGUGACAAGAAAGUUCCCAAAAAGUCUGUAGUGUGAAGCUCAUCUCUAGUGUGAAAAGAAUGGUGUAUUUGUUUGUUCUUGAUUUUUUGCAAAGUUAAUAACAGCUGUGAUGUUUAUAUGCAUUACAUCUGCUGAGGCGUCCAUUUUCAAUGACUCGAAGGUUCUUGCAUGCUUUUUUAUUCAAUAAGAAGUCUUUCUUUAUUGCCUUUAUAAGCAUUAUAUGCUGUGGAUGCAAAGGUAACCAGAUGAGUCUCAUGACAACAUGCACAGGCCACUACAUGAUUAAAAGAAGAAAAACAUAUUUUGCAAUCUUUUAAGAUAUUAUGCAUUGUGGCCUUACUUUCAUAUCUUUAAUUCUCAUCACUGUAAUGUCAUUUUUUUUAGUAUCAUUUAACUUUUUAGUCUUUACUAAAUUCUUAACUGGAACUAGUUCAAACUAGCAGUACAGUAAUAAUUGUGUACCAUACUUCAUUUUAUCGAUUACAGGAAUGAGCUUUGGAAGGUAAAUGAGCUUCCCACCUUUCUGAAAAAUUUCAUUUCUUACCAGGAUGUGACCUGACAUUCAGCAUGCCAAUGUAUAUAUAUCAACUGUUUGUUUAAACAGGAGCUGAAUGACUAUUUCUCUUAUCUAAUCUGUCCUACACAUCUGUUUAUCGUCUCUCUGGCAGAGAGUUGUAUAAAACCUGUUUGCCCGCUAUACUUGUAAUAACAGCAUUUGGGAAGAGAUUUGUACAUUUUAAUAUUUUCCUAGACUUGAACAAAGAGAGAUGUGGGCUUAAGAGAUCUCUGAGCAUUGAUCGUAUUAAUGUUAUUCUGUAAAUUAAAGAGCUAAUGUGCAAACUACAGACCAUGUCCAAGCUUUCUGGUUCAUACUUGGACAGUAAAAUUGACUGUCUAUAUAUUGUAGAUAAGGAAAUGUUGAUUUAAUUCGAGAUAUAUUUUAUAGUUUUGAUUGUCUUGUUUCUGUUUUUAUGCUUUACCUUCAUGACAGCAGGUUUUUAUUUAUUGUUGGUACAUUUUGUAUAGUUGGGUCAUCGGUCACUUAUUUCUUUACCACCUUAGCGUCCAAAUCCUUCACUAGUGUGUACGAUCAAGUAGCUUGAAAAACUGCUUAAAUGAUUGGUUGUUUUAAAUAUGUUUAGGUUUAUCAAAAAAUGGGUUCUAGGUAGUGAAAUGUUUGUGAGUAACAUUUAAAAUCAUCUGUUAAAACAUAAGAAAACCACUAACAUUACUUAUAAAAUUCAUCGCAGGAUGUUUUUCACAGCCAGUGAUGAUUUAUAACCGUCAUAAGUGCAGAGCCAAAGAUGAUCCAGCUUUGUUUUAAUGACCCAACAAAUUCAUUGUGGCUCCAACCUCGACAAAAAGAUUUCAUGCAAAUUAACAUUGUAAAUUCUUAUGCCUGUAAUAUUUGAUCAGUUUUUUUCAUUCUGUCAUGUUAUAUUGUUAUGAUGACAAAUCAAACUUUUGUUGUUUUCCCUAAAUCUGUACAGAUUAUGAAUGAGUUUAAUAAAACUUGGAUUUCUUAACCCUU